UCAGUUGGUUUUGGUGUGUGAGUGGACACAGGAAGCUCCCCUACAUUUAUUCCAGCUGGAGCCCCUAUGGCAGCUUUAUUGGUUUUUAGAUUAGAUAACAUCAGAUCUGUGCAACUUUAUCCUUUUUGACCAUCAAACAGUGGGGAAGCUGAGCACACAAGCCAAAUUAUGUCUGUGUUGGCUCCUUUAGUGUCAAAAGGCAGGUCUUUAAGCUGUUUUAAAUAGGAAGAUAUUACAUGAAGGAUGGUUAAAAGGGAAGGGUUGUGUUCCUAUAGGUGUCUGAGAGGCUGAGUAUGAGGAUUUGGUGUAUCAUCUUGCUGUGCAGCCUAGUCUGGGAGCUGCUGUGGAUUGGUCCCAGUGGGAGUAUGGGAUGAGGAAAAGCUUUCUGCCAAAGCUUCUUGCUUAGGAAAUUCUGGUGCUGUUAUAGGUGUCCUGGCGGGUGUUUGAGAGGGAGGGAGGGAUGACUAGGCUGGGAAAUGGCAGAUUGCCUGUCUGGUGAAAUAUAGUUUUAGAGGCAAGUAUCAUGUAACAACCUAAACUUGAGCUCAGUGGUGGGGGAAUGGACUUGGAACUCGGUUCUUGCAAGAAAACAAAACUCUAUAUCUUUAUAAUAAGGCCUCAGCACUGUGUUGUUUUUUUUCCCCACCAUCAUAAUGACUGUUUCUUGGUAUUAACUCCCCUGAGUUCCCCUCUGAAACACUUGCUGCUGCUUUGUCCUGCAUCCUGGCUGUGCUGCUGCUCUUUGCCCAGCUCGUCCGGUGCCAUGUCCCUGUGGAGCAUCCUUGUGUGGAGGUGGGGUGGUCAAAUGUGUUUUCACACGUGUUUUUACCAGCAGGGUGAUUGCUGCUCAGAUCCAGUCCGGAGGCCACGGCCUCCUUUCUAGAAAGUAAAUUUUCUGAGAGGAUGUGCCCACCCUUUGAACUCCUUUGUUGAUGGGUUACUGUUGCUACAGCUAAAACACACUUGUUCUUGCGGUGAAGCUUUAGUUCAAAAUAUCAAAAGCUUUAGUGCUCUACAGAUGAGGAGACCUUGACCCCCCCCUUCAUCCACUCUGGCUGAGUUAAUACAUUUGUUUUCCCGAGCUGCAGCAGCAUUCAAACCUGACGAUAAGACGGGGAAUUCUGUGGGACCGAACUGCCGUCCGUGGCUGGGAGGAUGUGAUGCUUUACUGCUGCCAAAAUCCGAGUCCUUCCCACAUCUUGUGUACGGAGGCAUAUGUUUGGGGGUGGCUUCAGAAAGGGAGAACAACACCAUUAUGUUUUUAACUUCCUCUCCUGUUUUGUUUCUCUGUGCAUCUGUAUUUCAGUUUUUCUCUGUGCAAAACUAGCAAAUCGGCUGAAGCACCUACUGCUAAAGAUCAGCCUUGGUACAGAAACAGUGGUAAUUAAAAGGCACUCGAAGGUUGUUGUUCUUUCGCCAUCAGAGUCCGUUUAGGCGCCGGUAAGAGUAUCUGCUCCAAGGACAAGGUGUAGAAGGCAGUGAGAACAAGAGAUACUGCAGAGCAGUGUUGUUUUUGGUGUAAUCUGCCUUAUCAGCAUGUGAUGCAAAGACAGGGCAGUUUUCACAGGACUUGGAGGCUGCGUGGUGACAUGUUUUCUGUCCUGUAUGAAAUCCACCACGUUAUUUUGAUUAGAACACUAACGUAACUCCUGGCAGCCUCAAAUCUUACUGCCAGCAGCUAUUUCCCUCCAAAGCCCGGUGCAGUGCUAACAAGCAGAAGGAUCUCUCGUGUGUCCUGUUUACGAGGAGCUCUGCAGACGGAGGUGUUCCGUGGGAGGUAACAAGGUAGCGCUGUAGCCGUGUAUAUAAGGUGGAAAAAUGUUGUGUGUGCAGACAGGCUGUUGUGUUAAUUUGUGUUUGAUGGUGUUCAGGAACUCCAGCUGCAAUAACGGCAUGAUGAUGUUAAGUUCUUUUAUAUAUAAACGUAUAUAUUUUGUAUCUGUGCAUGCACAUAUAUGUAUAUAUAUUUUUUGUCUCGUGGGAGAGUCCGUGUUUGGAUCGUCGGUGCUUCAGCUGCUGCUGUACUUGAAUGUGAUUUUCUUAUGUUUGUUCAGUUUUUAGGUGGCAGAGACACGGUGAAGCUCUGUGUGGGGCAAGGAGAGCUGAUGGGGGAGCCUGGGGUGUGACCCAGGAUGGAUUGGCUGUGACGGCGUGCCUUAGCUGGAGAGGUAGUUACCAUGAAGAGUUCCUGCAGAGCUGGCCUCCACAGGGAACCGCUGAAUUCCACAUCCUCCACCUUCCACCAGGUCAAACGGGUCUCUGGUAUGCACUUAAAGCCAUAUCUCAAGUUACAGAAGAAAGAGCGAUCCCCAGAAAUAAGCCAGGAUUCCCUGCGAGGCCACCAGGGAUCAGCACAAGGAGAAAAAUACACCACCUGCACCAAACUGAGCGUUUUCCCAAAACCCUCCCUCGUGACUCCAUCUCAAAAGCUUCUGGGGAUUAUUUAUCCAAAUAUUAUGUGCAAUAUGAACGGGAAAGGUCCAGCGGAUGGCCCAAGUGCAAGGGAAAAGAAGAACGCCCUGUCGGCGACGAUCCACCAGGGAGAGGAAGGGGAAGGGCCUCUGGAUGUCUGGGCCGUGGUGAAACCUGGCAACACGAAGGAGAAAAUUGCCUUCUUUGCGGCCCAGCAGUGCAGCAGCACCAGCCGGGUGGGCUCCAUGAAAAUCAAGAGCACGUGGGACAUCGACGGGAGGACGGCCAAGCGCAGGAAAAAAUCGGUGGACCUCAAAAAAGCCAAAAUCCAACUGGAAAGGAUGAGGGAGGCCAAUGCCAGGUGCUCCCAGCCGGAGCCUUUUGCCUGUGGCAUCGAGCACUGCUCGGUGCACUACGGGAAUGACAGCGGAGAGGGGGCGUUCCCGGGCCGGUCCCUCUCGGUGAUAGAGAUGGUGGCUUUCCUGGAGCAGCGAGCGAGUGCUUUGCUGGUGGAUUGUGCUAAAACCUGCACGGCUGCCCCUGCCACGAGGCCGAGCGCUCAGCCCAGGGGGGCCCUUCCCAGCUCCGACCCUUUUUCCUCGGCCGGGGCGUGCGAGGUGCACGCGGAGCAGCAGGGCGAGCCCGUGCGCGUGCUGGACAUGGUGGCCAAGCUGGAGUCGGAGUGCCUGAGGCGCCAGAGCGAGCGGGAGGCUGGGAGCCUCUCCCGGAACAACAGCUUCCGCAGAAACGUCGGGAGGGUGCUCCUGGCCAACGGCACCCAGCCCGAGGGAGAGGCGGGGAAGGGGGUGCCGGGGGUUCUGGCUCAGGGGGAUGGCUUGGGGGAGGCGGGGGUGGCAGAGGCUGGAUACAGAGGUCGUUGUGGUGCUCUGGGUGACGCCGAGUUGUGGGAUGGCGGCGCCUCUGCUCGGCGGCCUUUUCCUUCGGGGCUGGAUACCCGGAUGGGGAAUGUGAAUUCGGGACUUGCUCACGCGGUGCUGGCGAUGGCAGCCGGCAGGAGCGACACUGAGACACGGAUUGAGCCUCCCAGAGCUCUGCUGUCCUCGUGUCCAGCUCCUGCUGCCAGGCUGCCACCGGAUCCCUUGCAGAGCAAAAACGCGACUGUUGAUUGUACGUCGAAGGAGCCUGUGAUUUUCCCAAAGCAGAGCCUGCAUCCUGCGAGGAAGGAGCCCUUGUGCAUCAGUAUAUCCGUCACCAAGACUGAGAAAGGGUGCAGGAAAGAGAAGCUCUCCAACUCCACUUCUAGUGAGGAUUCGCUCCCGGGGAGGCUGUUUUUCCUCCAGGACGACCAGCCUGCUGCUCAUGAGCAACAGCCACUGCGGGAAAGUACCCAAGAGAAGCCAGGAGAAGUAGCCCAGAAUGAGGAUGAGGAUGCUUUGGCAUCCGGCAGGUUGUGUGUCAGGAGCAGUGUCCCUACAGAGCCAUCGGCCCCCUCUGUCCCUCCCGCAGAAGGGGCCUUGCAAGUACUUGACGCUUCCUGCCUGAAAAGGCAGGUCUCGCAUGACUUUCUGGAGACCAGGUUUAAAAUCCAGCAGCUUCUGGAGCCUCAGCAGUAUAUGGCCUUCCUGCCUCACCACAUCAUAGUGAAGAUCUUUGGGUUGCUCCCUACCAGGAGCCUGGUGGCCCUGAAAUGCACUUGCUACUACUUCAAGUUCAUCAUCGAGUACUACAACAUCCGGCCGGCGGACUCGCGCUGGGUCCGGGACCCCCGGUACCGGGAGGACCCCUGCAAGCAGUGCAAGAAGAAGUACGUGAAGGGGGACGUGUCGCUGUGCCGGUGGCACCCCAAACCCUACUGCCAGGCCCUGCCCUACGGGCCUGGCUACUGGAUGUGCUGCCAUCGGUCCCAGAAGGGCAUCCCGGGCUGUAAGUUGGGUCUCCACGACAAUCACUGGGUCCCCGCCUGCCACAGCUUUAACCGCGCCAUCCACAAGAAGACCAGAGGAGCGGGAGCCGAAGUGGAAGAGGAAUAUUAGUGCACAUACACUUUUCCUGCAAGAUUGUUUGGGGUAGGAGGAGAUUCUCAUGCCUUGUGCUGUUUACAGUGUAUAUAAUUGUCGUGGUUAUUUUUUUUUUUGUUUGUUUUGUUUUGUUUUCCACAGGGCUAUGAAACUGCACAUACUCAAACACAAGAGCCUUUACCUUUUAGAUUAAAGAGAGCUUUUAGUCUAUCUCUGUAAAUAACACUAUAAAAAAACCCCUAAUUGUACAUACAGAGUCUACAGCUGGCUGAACAAGGUAACCCCCUACAAUGCAGCUAUCCCAGUGUUGCGGCUAUAGGUGUGUGUGUUUUUAAGUGUCUUGUUUCAAAAUCUGUAUAUUCCGCAUAAUAUAUGAAUGUUUCUGAGAAGAAACUCUAAAUAGGUAAAGGUCAACUUGUUUAAAGAAGCUGCAGACAACUUAACUGGACAACCUGAAACUUAGACUAUAGAACAGACCCAUUAUAGUAGCGUGGCAGUGGAUUUAAAAAUAAAAAAAAAAAAGAGAUGAAUAUUAUUGUAUAGUCAGAAUAUAAAAAAAAAAUUCUUGUCUACCUUACCCAUGUUGUCUGGUUUGGUUUUUUUGGUUUUUUUUUUUGGUUUGUUUUUUUUUUUUUUUUACAUGAAUAAAACGUGCAUUCUAGAUCUGCCUUACCAGACUUUCUCUUGUAAGACUUUUGCCCCGAAAUAAAAAUGCUGUAAAACACGUGGCAGAAACUUGGUGCUGUGCUGUAGUUCAGACGUGCAGUGAGCUUCCUCUGGCAAACCUGUCCUACUAACAACAGAACAAAAAACCCACCCCCAAAUCUCUAUUCCUUGGAGAACUCCCUGCUGUAACAUUCACAGAUUCCAGCUUUUCCUUUCCUUCCUGUCAGCCCUGUGUGCAGCAGAGGCUCCUGUUGUCGGGAAUUCUGGUGCUAGGUGUGUAAAGCUUGCAAAAACAGGGACUUUCUGGUCAUCUUGCUUCUUGGCUCUUGUGUGGGCACCCGCCUUGUUCCCUGGAAGCUCCAGGACAAGACCCUGGGUCCAGUAGGAUGGAUGUGGAGUUGCCUUGGCUCUGUGAUGUGCUGGAAGCUUUGCCGUCUGCUCUAUGUGGAGUUUGUCCCUUUCAACAGAAAUGCUUGCAGUGCUUCGCCCUGCUCUGCUGCAGCCUCUGGCAUCUCAUUCCUUGGGUGUGAGUCGGUGCUUUCCAGGGGAAUGGUGACGGUUUGUGUUGGGUGAACAGCGAUUGCUCAAACGGGGAAUGGGAGCGGAGCAUGGCAUCUGUUGCAGUAUUUCCCUGAAUACAUUCCUCUCCUGCAAUGCUGUGAUCCAGACUCCAGUUACACCCCUCUGAGGGUGAGUGGUUUGGAAAUCUGGGAAUGGACCCUGGACAAUCCACGUUCAGCUCCUGGGAGCUGAGUCAGUGGAGCAGCAGCCCUUUUUCCAGGGAGCCAAACGGAGCGUGGCAGCUGUGCCUUUGCACUGUCCAAGUCCCUUCUCUCCCCACACUUGGUGCUGUUUCUCUGCCCCUUCUCAAGGCAUGGAUGGACUCCUGGACCAUUCCAGCUGGAGCAGCCAGAAUCUCUGACCUGGUGCAAGAAGAGCCAGUGCCACCUUCCUACGGGGCUCAUCCCAGGCCUUCCUCUGCCCUGCAAACCCCAGGGGGCACCUGGAAAGGGCAGGAGUUCUGGAUGAGGUGGCCCUGCCCCUGGCUCAUCCUGUUGGCAAGGUGUGGAAAACUGCUGGCUGUGGGGGCCAGGCUGAGCUUCCCACCUCCUUCCACUUCAGCUGCACUGGGAUCACAUGGAGCGACUCACCUGGUUCCGGAGCGAGGACAGAGAGGGUUUGAAGGCGGAUGCUUUUAUUCUUUCCCUUAACUGUGAGAGAAGGAAAACCGAGCCCUUGCAGCCUGAUGAAGUGUGGGUUUGAUGAGCUCAGGGAGAUUUAAAGGAUGUGCUGGGUUUAUUUUUUGCCUUUACCUGCUCCUGCCACCCCGGGCAUCAGACACCCCUCCCUGGCUGCUCAGCCUCCCUGCGCUGCAGACAUGAUGACAACCACGAGGAAUGAGACCAGGAAUCUAAGAGGAGGGUGCGGCCCUCCUUGUAAUCGGCUGGGAAGAGGGAGAGGAAAAGCAGGAUCCCUGGUUAAUCCGUGACUUCAUCCCAUAACGGGGCGCAGGCUUCACCCAAACUUCCAUCUGCUCCCCCCGGAUGAGCAGCAAAGCAACUGCCAGGCUGUUGUUUGGCCAAAGCCAUCGGCAUCAAAGGCCUCCAGCUUGAUUUUGAUUAAGGGAAAGGGGAAAGAAGCUGCUUUCCUGCCCCCCACCCAAGACUCUGGAAAACUUGAGGCUGAGUAGCAGUGAGGAAAGUCCCUGCGAGGCUGGAACAGAGCGGCAGAGGAAAAUAUUUUGUAAUUAGAUAAGGGGCCAGUGAGGUCAUUUUUUUUGGAACAGAGUGUGAGAUUUUGGUCACCUUUGUUGAACAAGGGGAAAAACAAGAAUAAAAUAUCAUUAGGCUAUUUUGUUCCUUGGAACAGGUAAAUCUGGAGGACAACUUGUUAUCUACCCUGCCCCAUCCCUGCCCUCCCCCUGAGGUGGCUGGGGAGCGUGGGCUGGUUUAUACAUCAUUUAUUACAUUGUUUGCUGGAACUGUCCCUGUUGCACAGCAUUGCUGUUAAAAAUUGUUUUGCAGAACAAGCUUUUGCAUCCAGAUGUGGGUUGGUUCUGAGUGUUGCCAUGCUGAGCUGUCUGCAGGCUUUUUCUUUCCUAAAAAGUAGUAAAGUGCAAAUUUCUGUUUCCUUAACGGAUGGUUCAGGGAGAACCCAAGGUCCAGUGAACUUUUUUGUUUCCUACGAGUCAAUUAAAACAACAAUCCAGUG